CGAUCUCUAGGAGCCCACUUCUAAAUUCAAAUCAUUUGGGUUUCACUAAGUCUCCUGACAGACGGGGACUUCAUGACUUCCAUCAGCAGCCUCCACGUUUGCAGAAUACGGACUACCGGGCCAGACACGUAGGAACUCCAGUGCGGUGCAGCCGCUGAGCUCCAGGCACCAAAACGACUUUCCCACCUCCCAGCUUUACUAAAGAGCAAACCCGCCUCCAAGCCUCAGCCGCUGCGCGGUGCAGGAAGAGGCCGAGCUGGGCAUGCGCAGUUUCCCUCCCCGCCACCGUCGUGAGAGUGGGCGGGCUCGAGGGCUGGGAGGAAGCGGAAAGCUGACCGGGAGGCGAAAGAAGCCCGCCCCCGGAAGUUCCUCCUGUCUCCGCAGCUUGUUCCCGGAACUGCUGCUGCUAGUCGAGGACGCGAUGGCUUCAAGGUUACUUCGCGGAGCUGGAGCGCUGGCCGCGCAGGCCCUGAGGGCUCGCGGCCCCAGUGGCGUGGCUGCGGUGCGCUCCAUGGCAUCUGGAGGUGGUAUUCCCACCGAUGACGAGCAGGCGACUGGGUUGGAGAGGGAGGUCAUGCUGGCUGCAAGGAAGGGACUGGACCCAUACAAUAUACUGCCCCCAAAGGGAGCUUCAGGCACCAAGGAAGACCCUAAUUUAGUUCCCUCCAUCACCAACAAGAGAAUAGUGGGCUGCAUCUGUGACGAGGACAACACCAGCGUCGUCUGGUUUUGGCUGCAUGAAGGCGAGGCCCAGCGAUGCGCCCGCUGUGGAGCCCAUUACAAGCUGGUGCCCCACCGGCUGGCACACUGAGCGCCUGUACUAAGUUACUCAAAAUGUGCUGUAAAGUUUCUUCUUUCCAGUAAAGACUAGCUGUUGCAUUGGCUCCUUCUCCCAUA